AUGGGAAAAAGUGAGAAGCAUUCCAGAAUGCUUGCCAAUCUUCUUGUUGAAUGUUUUGCUUCUUUCUAUACUUUUUAUGGCCAAUUCAUGCAUGAGUUAAUGAUUCAGAUUUGCAAGAAAUACUUAACUGAGAAUAGCAAAUCAAGCGUCCUUGUGGAAGAUGAUGUAACUGACAGCUCGCCAUAUGUGGUUUCCCAGGACUACUGUAUGUCUGGUAUCGUGGAUGCUGAGUCAUUGGCAGUUGAGGGGGUUAGUCGACUGUCUGACCCUAGUUCAUUUGAAUUGGGUAAUAGAAGGCGGGAAGAAGUGUUGGCCCUUGAUGAGUCCAGUCUGGUGGAUGUGAGUUUCAAAUCCGAUGACCAGGCUAUUGAAGUAGGGAGCCCCAAACGGAACAAAGCUAAACCAAGUCAGCCAAAGAAACCUUUUCUAAAGGAUCAGCCCAAGAAGCUAUCGAAGCAAGAAAACCGAAAAUGGAAAAGAACAUCGCCUGUUCCAAUUAGGGAGGCGAACUGGGAUAUUCUAGGGAUCACGGUUGGGGAAAAUAGGAAAGAAUUAGCUUCAGAUGAUUCUAAUCCAGGGAAGAAGGUUCCUGUUUCAAAGAAGAUUUCUUCCCAGCAUGGUAAUUCGAAUUUAUUACCUAGUUCAAUGGUGGAGACUGCUUUGCAGUCCCGCCGAGCAUUAUGA